AUGCGCUGCUCAAUCGCUCAAGCUCUAAUCGCCUCGACGGCCGUUGUGCCUGUCUUUGGCCAAACCAGCACGAACUCGUCCAGUCCGUCAGGCACUACAGACCCGUUCGCCGUCUAUACCAUUUCGGCGGAGAAUAUCACGGCCAAAUUCAUACCCUACGGUGCUCGCCUCACCUCUCUCCUGGUACCAGACCGUGACGGCCAGUAUCAGGACGUGGCGGUGGGAUAUGACAAUGCCACUCAGUACCUGACCGACACCGAGACGAAUCACACCUACUUUGGGGCAGUCGUGGGACGCUUUGCCAACCGGAUCAAGAAUAGCACAUUCACCUUGAACGGAAACACAUACCAUAUUCCGGCGAAUGAAAACGGUGGAGCCGACACACUGCACGGAGGCACUGUGGGAUACGAUCAGCGGAACUGGACCGUGGUGACCUCGUCCAACUCCAGCGUCACCUUCAGUCUGCUUGAUACAGGCUUCGAGGGAUUCCCGGGGACGGUCCUAACCACGGCCACAUUCACCGUUGAAAGCUAUCCCUCUGGACCACAAGGUCAAAUGCGCCCCCGGUUCACGAGCAACAUGGUAUCUCAAGCCAUAGACCAAGAAACCCCGAUAAUGCUGGCCAACCAUAUUUAUUGGAACUUGAACGGCUUCAAACAAGGAACCAUCCUCAACGACACCACAAUGUGGAUGCCGUAUUCUGACCGAUACAUUGUCGUCGAUCCCAUUCUGAUCCCGACGGGUGAGCUGGGUUCGGUGUCCAACCUCCAAGCCAUCAACUUCACUGCACCCAAACUAUUUGGGACUUCUGUCGAUAAUGCCACCGGUGUUUGCGGGCAAGGGUGUACCGGGGUCGACAACGCCUUCAUCGUUGACCGACCACCUAACUCCGGCGCCACUUCGUCCAGCUUCCCUGUUCUGUCAUUGUGGUCCGAAACCACGGGCAUACAGUUGGAUGUCUCGACCAACCAGCAAGGCAUACAGAUAUACACCUGCAAUGGCCAGAAUGGGACUAUUCCAGUCAAGCAGAGCCAGCAACAGCGAAACAACGGCACGCAGGGCGCCGCGAAGUUCGUCAACAAGUAUGGAUGUCUGGCGAUCGAGCCUCAAGCAUACAUUGAUGCCGUCAAUCAUCCGGAAUGGGGCGUCAGCGAGUAUGUCAUCUUUUCGCCCACCACUGGUCCAGCUGUAAACUAUGCCACGUAUGAUUUUUCAACUUUUUGA